GGUAAUAAAGCAAGAAAUGUGCCCUGAUUUUUACAACAUUUCAAAAAUGAUACAAUUCUACUUUUCUGCGGUGAACCCUUUCAUUUUGCUGUAGUUCAGAUCUCCAGUACAGUAGGGGGCGAUAUGGGACACUGUACUCUUACCACAGUAACGUAAAAGGGAACAGUGAGCUGUUGUGUUCUGCACUCUGACUGCGCUGUACAUGGAUCUGCAACAAUGAAGACUACUGCUGUUGCAAAUAAGAUCAACUUCUUAAACUCUUCUCACAAUACUGGAUUUGAGAUGCCCUCGACUUUACGGGAGAACCUCACGUCGGCGAUUCAUGGGGCGUUUGAGGUAGCGGUGGAAAUCGCAGUUCUCGAGGUGACCAAAUUGAUGUCUGUUGCAGCUGGGGACAUUUAUGACAAGAUGCGACAGGAAAACGAGACGCUUAAAGAGGAAUUACAAAAAGCCCAAGCUAUAAUAGACUCUGUGCGAGAUAAAGGGAGAAAUAAUAGCUCUAAAAUGUGUCAACUUGUGCAAGACGACUUGGCAUUGAAUAUAAUACACGAUGACAGCAAUGGCAACAAAAGAAAAGAGACUUGUUCUGCAGAUCAGCCUCUGUUCAACGAGCAUCAAGAAGACGAAGAAGGCUCACUGUAUGAUACAACCCAAGAUGAUGCCGUUUUAGGAUCACAUGGACAAGAAAAUAAUUUGGCAAAUGCUUGUGUUGAAACUACGCAGGUUAAAAAUGCUCUCACAAAAUCAGAUGGCACAGAAACCAACAAAGAAAUACCCUUAUAUUGUGCCGUAAAAGUGGAAAAAAAUUUGGAACCUCACUGUACUGGUGAGGAAAGUGAAGACCACAGUCCACCAGUGGAGUCUUUUCCUGAUAAUUGUGCACGUCGGCUGGUCAAAGUCAAGCUGGAGAAACCAGAGGAAGAACUGAUUUCUUCAAAUUUCCUGGUAGACUCAUUUAAAGAGGAAGCAAUUUCCCAACUUCAGUCAGAAAUAAUGGAAGAGUGGACACCAGGAGAGUGUCAUUAUGAAAGUGAAGAACAAAAUGAGACUCUCUCAGCUCCUAAUCAAGCUUGUGGUCAUCCUUCAAAUAUGGACUUCAGCCUAGACCUGGCCCUCGAGUCUUCAUCUGUUAAUGUAGAUUUUCCAGUUCAUGUGACUGAUCAUCGAGAUCCAUCUCAAGAACAUCGCCCCCCUCAUAUUUAUGGAAGUCCUGUUCGUCGUAACCAGGGUAACGCCAAAUCGAAUCUUCACACCUGCAGGUUGUGUGGCCAGACGUUCCCUUUGCCCAGUUUGUUAAGGCGCCACUAUGGUCAAUGCCAGCAGAAACUCAGCCAACGUGUCUAUGUACCAGCGGUAGGAGGUAAACGGACUAAACUCCAACUCUAUCCCCCUGGCUGCAGCCCUUUUCGGUGUCCAGAAUGCAAUCGUGAAUUUAAUCGCAUGGAAAAUCUUAAAACUCACCUUCGUAUUCAUACAGGAGAGCGGCCAUAUAAGUGCACAGUUUGCUCGACCGCUUUCAGGCACUCGGGAGCUUUGACUCGCCACUUUCGAAUCCAUACAGGAGAGAAGCCCUAUGUGUGUGGGCUUUGUGGGAAGUCCUUUAGAAACUGUGGUGGACUAAAAUUUCAUCAGCGUUCACAACAAACAGCUGCAGAGCUGAGGCAUAGACAAUAAGAGACAGUCUACUUUAGCUUACCAGGACAGUUUCUAUUUGUUUCUGAGUGAUAAGAAGUUAGAGCUGCUGCCAUAGCAAUUAACAAUUUAAAACAAAAAAGUCUGUGGGAAAAAAAGGCUUCAAAAUAUUGCAUAUGUCAGGAAGCUCAGUUGGUUGUUUUUAGUUUCAGAUCUUAAAAGACACUUAUAACACAAUUUUUCAAUGUCAUAAUGUUUUUUCUUCAUUACAACCAUACUUGGAGUUGUAUUUUGGGUUCUGUUUUGUUUAACACUUACAAAAAAAAAUAUAUGGUGAGCACUUCUCUCAAACAGAAAACGCUCUGUUCCACCUUGUGAUGUCAUGUGGUAAUACAGGAAGUGCUGCACUAUACCUUUUAAACUCCAUACACUUUCACUAGAAUCAUUUGGAUGAUUUCAGCCCUGGAGUUGCCAGUCUGUACUGAUUUAAAGGUAAACAUAGCUGUUAAGUUGAAAACUACCACUACAUGACAUCACAAGGUUAAACAGCAUUUUGCACUUUGGAGAUGUAGCCUAAUAAUAAAAGAUUACUCAAACAUGUGCGAAUGAAACAAAACACAACUCAAGGUAUGUUUUUGAGAAUAUAACAUCUUUAUUACAUAGCUUAAAGCUCACAAGAGUAAAUUUUGUGAAGACCUUUAUUUUUGUGAAGACCUUUAUACCAGCAGAUGGGGCAGAAGUCAUUUUUUUGUAACCAUGGUUUCAGAGUUUCAGAAAGAUGAAGAUUUUAAACUGUAAACUUAGCAUUUAACAGUUCAGAUGGUUAAAAAUAAAAAAUAAAAAAAUCCCCAGUAUGGCGGCAAUAACAGGAAGAAGGCAUGUGACCUGCGUUUAUCUAUGUUGAUGUAUUAUAAAGAACCUUCAGUUUAAUAUUGAGCAGGAGGGUAAAUAUUUUGACCUGCCUUAUGGUUAAGUCUGUAACACUGUUAAGUCUGUCUGUUCAUAAAACUGUUGUCAAAUGAACUUUCUAGCCACAAGAUUAAUAUGGCAAAUUUGACACUUGUCCAUAGGUCCUUGCACUUGAUCUAAAACUAUGAAGUUAGGUACAUACUGCACCACUUAUCUCCACAAUUUUAAUUUUGCCUGCCCCACUGCAAAUAAACAAACCAACUAAUAGACUGUUGUAAUGUAAUUUGCAACAAACAAUUCACAUCUAAUUAAUCCUUUCAUUGCUAAUUAGCCUAAAAGUAGAUUUGGCCGUUCAUAUUGAUAAAUCUGCUCAGUUUGUUGCAGGGGUGGGUUAAUGCUAGACCAUUACUGUUGGCAAUCUAAUAAUUCAUGAUGGACCUUUGCUUUGUAAAUAAUGUUUUGUUAUUUUCAAAUAAAA